AUGAUCACUGGUGAUACGAUGUGUUUGAAGCACAGGGAGAUGAUGGAAGAGGGCUUGGAUGGGACAGCAGUCUAUGUGUGCGUCAAAAUGUACUCCCGUGACCUGAACCUGAGCCAGCCCCCGGUCAAGGUUGCGAGCAUGGCCCAGAUUGCAUCAGUAUUCCCCGAAAUCCCACUUGGGGUUCAUGCUGCAGUUGAGCUGUCUGGCGUCCAGAUUGACACUUUCACAAAAUUGUCAGACCUGGCAGACAAGUAUGGCAUGACAGAAGCUGCCAAGGCUUUGAGAGGGAUUGUUUUUGUGAGGCGCUAUGAUGCCUUCAGUGUUGCAGUCAGCAUUGGGACGACUGUUACCAUGGCAUGCCAUCUUCUCGCCUAUGCUGCGAUGAAGCUUGAUUGGUUGAACAGUCCAACAGUCCUGGACCAUGUCAAGAAGGAUGUGGCGGGCCGAUUGAUGAGCUGUCUCUGCAACUGGGACAUGAUGGACACAUGUGAGAAAACAUUUAAUUUCCAGUUUGAGUUCUUUAACCCGACCAAGCAGCUGAGUGGCAACCUGAAGGUCUCGCCUACCGGUAACCCAGAGAUGUUGCAGAGACUGCAGGCUAAGUGGAAUGGCAAGAUCCAGGAGUAUGUCGACAGGCAGCAGCCACCCCCAAUUCAUCAGUCAUCCAUCUGUGCAGGGUUCCGUGAUUCUGGCAGAGAGUCCCAAGUCUACCUGAUGGCCUGUGUCAUGGUGCACUUUAAGGACCAGAUGAUGAAGGAUAUGAGUCCGGACGAGUACCACAAGAUGAUGUCCCAUUGGCGACUGGGACACUUGGACCAGAAGCUCUUCCCGGACGUGGCAGCCAUGAGGCCAGACUUCAGCUUGACCGAUUUGGGGCUCCGGAUGCAGCAAGAAGAGGCCAGCAACAGUCUUGCAGUCUUGCAGUCCUCUGACCUGGUGGAGGAUGAAGCUGCUCAGGAGGCAGUGCGCUGUCUGACAAACCUUGCACGGUCCCUCAAGAGAGAGCAGGAUGAGAUGCGAGGCCAUCGUGUGGCUUUCCAACGACACAUGGUGCAGACAGUGGCAGCCGAAGCCGAGUACCAGAAGUCCAUUGCAGAGGGGGUGGAAAGUGCAUGGGGUGAGCACUCGAUCUACUAUCAGGUGAAUGCCAGCAAGACAUUGGGAGUGGGGCAGGCUUUCGAACAUGCGACACACAGGUCGGCCUCCAGCUCGGCCGCCAGCGGCCACGCACAGGCCAGCAGCCACAGCAGCCGGAGUGAGAGGGUGGUUGCAAGCAUGAAGAAAUCCGAGGAGUACCAGCGUGCGAAGCUCUUGUUGCUCAACAAGGACAUGCAGUCUACCCCUCCGGGGGAUCCACCCGUUACACCACGCGUCUACGUGAGCGGCGUUUCGAAACGUACCUGGGAGCGUCAGUGGUACGUGUUCAAAAGCAGAGUUCGUGCAUACGCAGAGUGGGUCGAUUUGAUGACCUAA